AUAAUGAAGUUGUUUUAGUGCACGCAAUUAAUUAUUGAGAGUAGAUUAAUUUGUGCUGUUAAUUAAGCGUUGACAUUGAUUCUCUCACACAUUUCUACACUUCGUAUUUUAUUUGUUUCACCUAACGCUCUCUGUCCAUAUAUAUAAGUUGCAUUUCCAUCAGCUUAUACCCCAUUUGAGCUUCGGAAACAGUAUUAUUCAGCCUAUACUUAUAUAUAAAGGAAGUAAAAUUAUAGUCAAAAUGAAAAUGAGCAGAGGCAUUGCCUUCCUCUUCGUGCUUCUGAUAUCUCCGGCGGCAUACGGCCAGACGACGCACAUCGUCGGCGACUCCGCCGGUUGGGACAGCACCGUCAACUACGUCAACUGGGCUAGGGGCAAAACUUUUGCCGUUGGUGACUCCCUAGUGUUCAACUAUGGUUUCAGUCACGCCGUGGACGAAGUAAGAGAAGGCGACUACAGCAGCUGCAACACCGCUAACGCCAUCAGCUCCGACAGCAGCAGCCCAACCACCAUCCCCCUCACCGCCGCCGGCACCCGCUACUUCCUCUGCCCCAGGUCCAACCACUGCGACCAGGGCCAGAAGCUCACUGUCACCGUCGUCGCCGCCGCCACCACCCCAUCACCGCCCACUACUCCAUCACCGCCCGCUACUCCAUCGCCGCCGUCGCCAGACGGCGACACCCCGUCACCACCUACAUCAACCACACCGUCUUCCCCACCGCCACCGGCGGGCAGCACCGCCGCUACUGUGGGCGGUGGGAAGAGCUUGGUGGUUUGGUCGUGGGUUGUUGUGGGAGCCAUGUUGGGAGUCAUGGGCUAAGGCAAGAGGCAGUGCUGUUUGUAAUUUUUCUUUUUCUUUUUUUAAACAUUUUUUUUUGGGUUAAGGUUAUAUUUUAGUAAUGUGGUGAGUUUGUGAGACCAUCUUUGAUGCUGUUUCUAUUGUUAUUAUCACCAUUAAUAUUUCUCGCUUCAAUAAACAGACCAUGCCAUUAAUAUUAA